UUAAGUUUGUAGCGUCCAAUGCACAAUCCCUAAGUUCUCGUGUAAACAGUAGAGGUCCGAUUGACUUUGUGUGUUUCUAGCAUUUACAGCUACGUCCGCUCGUUACGUCGACGAAUGUGGUCCUGAGUUUUGGGGUCAACCAUGACAUGUUUUUCCUAUGCCGGCACUGCGAAGAAACAACGGUAUUUCUGGAAGUGUGGAAGUAUUGCACGCUAUCGUCCCAUCGUCUCCGCAUAUGAAUGAAUUGGUAGAACCCGGUGGACAAGCAAUGUGCUCCAAGCUUAGUGGAGUGUGCCAGUGAAGGUGAUAGUGACAGUGUUGAACUAUGUGCAAACUGGCACCGCUUCUUUGGUGGAGUGCCUUCCUCUCAAGGGUUUUCGCUCAGGAUGACUCCCUGGCAGGAGAUUUCUUCACAGGUUUACUGGAUACUAUCACGAGCACAGCCAACUCGAAAGACUGCCCAGGGGUGUGUAUGCACGCAUUAGCUACCCUUAUAUGUUAUGACGUACUAGAGGACGUUCCUUGCCCUUCGCCCUCAAUGAAAUGUUGUGUUGACGUCCCGCCAUCCAACACAACUGAAAAAAUUGACAUUUAUUCCAAUUCAACAACAAUAACAACGACUACAGAAAUAACAACUACAGAACUGAUAACAACUACGACAACUCCAGUAGUAGUAACAAAAUCCACAGAAAAGAUACCUGCUUUAAAACAAAAUUCUAACAACAAGACGAGUAAUAACAAAAAUCAAAGUGUUAAGACAUGUAGAGGGUUUUGUAUGGCAGAAAGAAUAUCAGAUUACUGUGAAGCAAUUCUUGACGCCCCUGAUCUAUGCAAACCAGGUUUGAGGUGUUGUGUUUCGAGCGAUUCUUAUGGUGAAAAAGCUCCACCAAACUUGAUCAUCCCAAGCAAAACCAAAAAUAAUUAUUCAACGACUGAAAUAACUACAAGUAGACCACAGUUAACUACCACAUCUUAUCCCGUUAGAGAAAUAACUGCUUCCCCAACCAGACCUACAAGACCUCCAAAACCCUGCAGAGGGGAAUGUAUAAGUGGUAUUCUAGCGAUAAUAUGUGAUGACAUAGAUGCAGAAGCUGAGUGUCCAAAUGAGGGAACAUGUUGUGUAGCUUCGCCAUUAGAGAACUCGCAUGUAACUACUACAACACAGAGAACUACAACAGUCGAUUCAAGGCCAAGAUGUCCUGGUUAUUGUCUGGUAAACAUUAUGGCUGCUUUCUGUGAAAGACCUUCAGUUUUGAUACCACACACUUCGAAUUGUAAAAAAGGAUCAGUAUGUUGCGACAACACAAGAACAAUUGCAACAAAACCCAAGCCGAGGCCUCAUCAUCCAACUCCGACCACAACAACAACAGUCGACCCCAGGCCUGAAUGUCCAGGAUCAUGUAUUGUUUCAUACCUCAGCUUCACUUGCUUCCGAAAUGCAGAGAUGACAGACGUCUUCAAAUGUAGGAAGUCUGGUACCAAAUGCUGUGCUCCUAAGUCUUUAAUCAAAGAAGCAAUAAGUGGUAAAGAUGAGGCGACUGAAAAAGAAAGUACUGUUCCUCCCAAAAUAAGCUACACUACUCAGAAACCUGUCAUUGAAGUUACUUCGACAGAAGUCUCCAAGACAAGCUCCAGUACAGGUAAACCAUUGGUGUACUCCAAAUACGUAUGUGGUGUGAAAGGUACUUCAAGAGUUGGUAGGGUAGUUGGCGGUGAAGAUGGUGACGAAGGAGAAUGGUGUUGGCAAGUUGCUUUGAUCAAUUCUUUGAAUCAAUAUUUGUGUGGCGCUGCCCUAAUUGGUACACAGUGGGUUUUAACAGCUGCACACUGCGUGACCAAUAUCGUGAGAUCUGGUGAUGCUAUUUAUGUAAGAGUCGGAGAUCAUGACCUCACAAGGAAAUAUGGUAGUCCUGGAGCGCAAACACUUAGAGUAGCCACAACAUACAUUCAUCACAAUCACAAUAGCCAAACCCUAGACAAUGACAUAGCUCUUUUGAAACUACACGGUCAAGCCGAGUUGAAAGAAGGUGUUUGUCUUGUAUGUUUACCAGCAAGAGGUGUCAAUCAUGCUGCAGGAAAAAGGUGCACUGUAACAGGUUAUGGUUACAUGGGAGAAGCAGGGCCCAUACCUUUGAGAGUCAGGGAAGCUGAAAUACCAAUUGUUAGUGAUGCCGAAUGUAUACGAAAAGUAAACGCUGUUACGGAAAAAAUAUUCAUUUUACCUGCUAGCAGUUUCUGUGCUGGAGGAGAAGAAGGAAAUGAUGCGUGUCAGGGUGAUGGUGGUGGACCGCUAGUUUGUCAAGACGAUGGUUUCUAUGAAUUAGCUGGUUUGGUCUCAUGGGGUUUUGGUUGCGGAAGAAUAGACGUCCCUGGUGUUUAUGUUAAGGUCUCUUCAUUCAUUGGAUGGAUAAAUCAAAUAAUAAGUGUUAAUAAUUUAUAAAUUUUAUUUAUUUCUAUAGAGAGCCAAAAAGAAAAAUUAUCAUUCAAUUCCAAUUAUUUAUUUUUUUAGUCAAUAAAAUCCAUAAUAUAAGUGUACAUAUUUAAAACAUAUACCAAUAUCACACUAUUGCAUGAUCGUGAAAUUGUUACCAAAUGAGUAUUUGCAUCAAACUGCCGGAUUAUCAUAUUUAUCAUUCCCAAUGUAAAAUUCUUGUAAAAUAAAAAUAUUUUUCUGUC